AUGGGGGCACUCAGAACGGAUUUCUGGAUUCCGAAGAUGCGGCAGACCAUCAAAAAAGAGACAAACAAGUGCACGAGAUGCCAGAGAAUGGACUCGAGACACUUCGAUGAAAUACCGGCGCCCCUACCGUUGGACCGCCUGCAAAUGUCGAAUCCGUUCACGAUAACGGGGGUAGAUUUCGCAGGCCCGUUCCCAGUAGAGUCGCCGGCAAAUAGCGGUCACAAGACGAAAGUAUACGUGUGUCUCUUCACCUGCGCCGUAACUAGAGCCGUUCAUCUCGAAGUUACGACCGACCAGGAGAUCUCCACGUUUAUCUUCGCGCUAAGACGAUUCUUUGCACGGAGAGAGUACCCAAGGACGCUCUACUCCGAUAACGCAGGAACGUUUACGCUGGCCGCUAAGUACCUCAGAGCAGCGUACAGAGACAGCAGAGUGUUUAACACCCUGGUUGAUCUCAACAUAAAGUGGAGGUUCUCGCCGAGUUUGGCCCCUUGGUGGGGCGGAUUCUGGGAGAGGAUGGUGCAGACCGUUAAACGGCUGCUAUAUAAAACAUACGGAAGUGAUUGUAUGGAAUACGAUCUAUUCCAAACGGUGUUGACGGAGAUCGAAGAUACCAUCAACACCAGACCGUUGACAUACGUGGCAGAAGACGAUACGGAGCCGCUAACACCCAAGCAAUUGGUCACAGGCUACCGACAACAGCAGCAUCACCCGGUCAAUGACGAGGAGAGAGAAUACUCGGACCGGGUGACACUGACAAAGAGAGAGAGGCUCAGGAGAAACCUAGUCGCUCAAUGGUGGAAAGAUUUCUACACGGAAUAUGUGAUGGAUCUGGAGCAGUUUCACUGUCCAACUCCAGGUCAUACGAAAGAAAUUGAGCUGGGACAAGUCGUGUUAAUUCACGACGAGUCAGCCAAAAGAACGAGAUGGAAGUCCGGGAGAGUAGUUAAACUAAUCCCCGGCAAUGAUGGAAAGACCAGGCGUGUGAACGUCUUGAUCGCAGAUAAAUUCAGAGGAAAAGGGUCGACCAUGAUAACGAGAGACCCAAAGAGUUUAUAUCCGUUGGAGCUCCACGCGGGCCAGAUAGACGAUGACCAUCGGAACACAGGACCCUACGAAGACAGUGAGCUUUCGUCAACUCAGUUAGACCAAGGUCCAACGGGGGGAGUGUCGGAAAUUCCGACGGACGAAGCUCACAGCCAUCGUCCGGGUACCAACCCUUUGGCCGAAGAAGGCUAG